AUGAGUUACCUCUACGAGCAUGACAUGUACCACCACUGCACUCUGGCUGACUGGGCUGACCUGAAUCACGAUGGGCAAGUGGCGGCUUACACGGCGCUACGUGACUUUCGAUCAGAGCACGUAGACGAGAUCAUCGAGGACGCAAAGCGAAGGGCGGAAUCUAAAACGCCGCAUCCUCAUGGUCCAUAUCGAGGCCCCGGCAUCGAUAUGAACGCCACCUCUAGCAUGGGAAUCGGGGACUGGCUACCUGAAGACUUGGUUCCGGAACAAUGUGACGGAUCCUACGUAGAAGUCGACUUUGAAGCGAAUGAAGAUACAGGUGACUGCGACUGUUUAUGCGAUGCUACGGGUCUAUCGGGUUUUGAACAGUCUAUUAUAGAUGGAGGGUGGGGUUUCAGUGACGGUGGGAGCGGAUUUCCUGUAGACACAGGCUCCGCAGGGCUUGAUACCUCUGGAGGUAAUGGAGGUGGCGGUGACGGCAGUAACAACAAUGGAGGUGGCAGUGGUGAUGGUAGUCACGGAGGGGACAACUCCCAUGCAGGGAGUAGCAGUAACGACCAAUCGUGGCAGAGUAUGAUGGGAAUGCUUUAG